AUGAAUAUUCUGUCGUUAAAUUGUCGGGGGUUGAACUCCAGUGACACCCCGAUAAUUCCGUACAUACACUGGUUGUUAGCUACAGUUAAGCCCAUGUUUUUGUUUUUGCAAGAAACAAAAUGUUCUCUUACUCAUGUACAGUCCUUGCUACGUAGUACUAAGCCACGUACUGUAGUUGGUGUAGAUGCCCUAGGAUCUAGUGGUGGGCUGGUUGUCGUAUCGUGGGCUCCUUUUGCUGUUGACGUGCUUAGUUCCAUGUGUAAUUAUGUCUUUUGUAAAAUCUCAGCUAAUAAUGAAAUGAUCUGGUACGUUUUGUUUUUGUACGGAGAAUCGCGCCAGGAAUCUCGUCCUUUAUUAUGGGAUCAACUGUUACACUUGUUAGCGCCCUAUCCUGACUUUCUCAUUAUUGGUGAUAUAAAUCAACUUGAUCAUUAUGGGGAUAAGUUGGGUGGGGCUACUAUUAUUAGGGGAUGGGAAGAAUUCACCAAUUGGAAGCAUACUCUAGAAUUACAAGAUAUUCCCUUUGUUGGCCCUCGGUUCACUUGGACAAACAACAGGGAUGCUAUCUUUUACCAGACGGAGCCACCUUCCCAAGUUCAUCGUCGGCCAUAUCAGUUUGAAAAUUGGUGCCUCAUACACCCUGAUUUACCUAACAUUAUUUCGUCUGUAUGGCGCAUUCCCAUAGCUGGGUCAACAAUGUACCGGUUCACUAAACAUCUAUCCAUCUUUCGCACUCAGAUCAGGCGAUGGUGUUUGGAUCAUAAAGUUGUUUGGGGGAUUGAUUGGCAAGAGCUUUCUACAAAGUUAGCUGCCAAUGCGACUCAUAUUUCCACUCUUCCUCAAGACAAAUACGUUCAAAUGGGGGAACUUCCAACCAAGUUCUUCUAUAAUAAGAUGCGACAAAAACAACGAUCAGCAUAUAUCUACCUACUAUGGACUGCAGAUGAGCAAUGGACUGAGGAUGGUCCUACCAUAGUGAAUACUAUUUUACAUUAUUUCAAGGUUGCAUAUGGCCCGUCUCGGGUGUCUAAUGCCUCUGACCAGGUCCAAGAUGAGGCCAUUGAUUUAGUACUUCGCGACUUAAAUUUACCUCAUCUUUCUCUUUCACAACAACAACAGCUCCUUCGACCUUUCUCUAAGGAUGAAGUGCAUGAGGCCAUGUUUAGUAUUGGUCAGGGAAAAUCUCCUGGGUUGGAAAGCUCAACGGCCGAGUUUUUCAAACAUCACUGGGUUUCCCUCGGGAACGAGGUGUUCCAAGCUGUUAAUCACUUCUUCACAACAGGCUUCAUACUUCAUGAGUGGAACCAGACGCUGAUUGUUUUGUUGCCUAAAGGACAGAAUCCUGAGGAUGUGACACAAUUUCGGCCGAUUAGUCUAUGUAACACAAUUUAUAAAUGUGUUUCGAAGUGCUUGGUCAACCGCUUACGGCCGUUGCUCUGUGAUCUUAUCACGGAAUAUCAGAGUGCCUUCAUACCGGGACGUCAUAUGGAUGACAACAUUUUGAUCAGUCAUGAGUUAACCCAUGUUCUUAAUAAACGUCGACGCGGUAAUGUUCAUCUGGCGGCUCUCAAAAUUGACAUGAACAAGGCAUAUGACCGGAUUAACUGGAGGUUUCUCUUAAAGGUUCUUCAAGCCUAUGGUUUCCCUGCACAGUGGAUACAGUUGAUUAGUCAAUGUAUAUUUACAGUGACAUAUCGCAUCCUGGUUAAUGGACAGGUUACAGAGUCCUUUCCUUCCCAUUGUGGUCUCCGCCAGGGUGACCCCCUAUCCCCCUAUCUGUUUUUGUUCUGUAUGGAUAUCUUCUCCCGCAUGUUAAUAAUGGCUAUGGAUAUUCGACUAUUCGACGGGUUUCGAGCUCACAGGUACGCCCCUUCUAUAUCCCAUCUGUUUUUCGCUGACGAUGCUCUGCUUUUCUUUAAAGCGUCGAUUACUUCCUGUACGAAACUGUCCAACCUCCUUGCUCGCUUCUACCAUAUCUCUGGACAAAUGCUCAGUUUACGAAAGUCAUUUGUUAAAUUUAGCCCAAAUGUUUCCGAGCACAUGGGUCAGGAAUACAAACGUAUCCUGCAAUUGAUGCUAAAGAGUCCCUGGGCACAUAUCUUGGAGCUCUUGCAUUUGCAAAAAGGUGCUGGUGGCCUCGGCUUACGUAGUAUUGCGGUGCACAAUCGUUCCCUUCUGAUUAAGAAAGUAUGGCGUAUUCAUAGGAAUUCUAAUGUCCUCAUCAGCAAAGUAUUUUCUGGUCAAACACUGGGCCCUGGUUCCUCGAUAGCUACACUGCGUUCUAUGCGGAGUCAAUGUUCUUGGGGUGCACGCGGUUUAAUUCAAGCUGAGAAGGUGCUCUUGACAAAUUAUGUUUGGAAAAUUGGAUCCAAUUCCAGACUACUUGCUGGAAAGGAGCGCUGGGUUCAUAGGAAGAUUCCCCUCUUUCGGGAUAAUGUUUCUCUUCGCACUGCUGCUACUGUCUCCAUUGCUUCACUCUUGUUGCCUCAACAACAAGGUUGGAAUGUUUCCCGGCUUCAUUCACUUUUUCAUUCCAGCACGGUUCGCGAUAUACGUGCUCUUGAAGUUCCACGGCUCACAAACCAAGCUGACAUUUCUAUUUGGCCUUUUACUACAUCGGGCCAAUACAUUACCAAAUCUGGCUACUACUUCCUCUCUCGACAUACCGAUAUCUACAGCAUGAACCCCCCUCUCAAUUCGGAUUUCUUUCGGAUUCUAUGGGGAUUGCGCAUCAUGCCAAAAUGGAAACUUUUCCUCCGGAAACUGUUCCACAACGGGUUAGCAACAACAGCUAACCUUGCGUACCGUGGUCUGGCUAUAUCAGAUGGUUGUCCAAGCUGGUCGGAAUCACAAGGACAAAGGCAUUCAGCAACACUUCACCUUCUGGCUACUCCUUUCCCUCAGCCUAGCUCUUUGCGUGAGGCACUAGGUCCUCCAGGUUUCUUUUUCGCACAUUUUGGGAUAUCUUUCUGCGGGGUACCACAGUUACAUAUACAAGUGGAUGGGUCCUGGAAGAAGUCUUCUCCUUUGGCCGGUAUUGCCUGGGGGAUUGAUCACGUUACCACCAACGCUAGGGAGGGGCAAGGAAACUGCAUUUAUGCUGAGUCGGCUCUGGUUGCUGAAGCACGCGCUUGUCUGGGGGCCUUGAUUUGGGCUCAAGCUCGAGGUUAUCGUCAAAUCUUGAUCUAUACAGACUCAGAAGUACUGGUCUGGAGUUUACUUCAUCAGGUCACACAACCUAUUUCGAUUGCCUGGACUCUCAACGACAUUCGCUACCUGGGACAACAACUCCAAUGGUGUCGGAUUAUAAAAGCUAAUCGCCAACAAGUUCAGAAGGCACAUGAACUGGCCAAUCAUGUCCGCCUGGGACAUAUACCAAUGGCCACCCUGUAG